CCAUCUCUUGACGGUUUUCAAUUGGAUGCGCUGAUUACGUUUGAAAGAGAAUGACUACUGGCCUUCAAGACAUCCUUGACGCUCCUAAUUACGACCCUUGCGACACCCUUAACCUGAUCUUUACGUCGCACGAGUCUCUAACAAAGCUACUGGAGACACACACACUGGUCUCUAGGUACGCACGCGGCCUUGACCGGGAGAUUGAACAACGGACCCGAGGGCUGCACGACGCAGAAGCGAACUCGGCCGACAGGCUCGCAGCCAUCCAAGAUGAUCUCGGACAGCUUAUAGCGUCAGUGAACGGUGUUCGCGAACAAGCGGCGAAGGCUGAGGACCUUGUAGCGGGGAUGACUGUUGAUAUAAAGCGGCUUGAUGGAGCCAAGCGCAACUUGACAAUAUCAAUGACGACCUUGAAGCGCCUGCAAAUGUUAACUACGGCAUAUGAGCAGUUGAAAGUCCUCAGUAAAGCACGGCAAUAUACUGAAACUGCGCACCUUCUGUCGGCCGUUCUGCAGCUUAUGAACCACUUCAAGACAUUUCGCAGUAUUGACCAGAUCGCAACGCUCAGCCGAAGUAUAUCUGAUUUACAGCGAGAACUUUUGGAGCAAGUAUGUCAGGAUUUCGAAAACGCCUUUUCAGGGCAGGGAUCAGAUAGCGUAACAGAAAGGAUGACGACGCUGAAUGAGAGUUGCUUGAUGGUUGAUGUCUUCGGCGAUGAUGCUCGAUUGCGACUUCUCACAUGGUAUUGCAACACCCAGCUGAGGGAAUAUCGAACGAUCUUCAGGCGCAAUGACGAAGCAGGGUCUUUGGACAACAUUUCCCGAAGGUUUUCGUGGUUGAAGCGGGCUUUAAAGCAAUAUGACGAAGACCAUGCCAAGAUUUUUCCAAAUGCCUGGAAGGUUGGUGAAGUACUUUGUCGGACAUUCUGUGAAGAUACUAGGGAUGAUGUCAAUACCAUACUGUCUCAAGCCGGUAAGAGCGUUAACGUUAAACUCCUCCUAACGGCAUUGCAGGAGACGUUAGAGUUUGAGCAGUUUCUGGAGAAACGUGCGUUAGCUACGACUUUUGAACCUCGAUCGUCGAUUGACACGAUCGCGUCCAGAGAUGAGCGAUCGCUUGUGUUUGGUCAUACCAUCUCGGGCGCUUUUCAGCCCUACCUCAGCGUGUACAUCGAGUCAAAGGAACACUCUCUUGCUGAUAUGAUACAAGUUUAUCGCAACCAACCGAUCGCCUUGCCAGAUCACGAUGAUCAGCAAGCUGUUUUGCAGUCAUCCGCGGACCUCUUUACUUACUAUCGACAGACGUUGGCACAGUGCGCGAAGUUAUCAGACGGUGCGCCGCUCCUGGAUUUGUCCCGUCUCUUUUCCAAGUGGUUGCGCGCGUAUGGUGAUCAAGUCUUGAUGCAACGUCUCUCUGAACGAUCCGAGUCCGUCACACGGAUCGAAGACGCUUGCAUGAUCCUCAACACGGCCGAUUAUUGUCAUACUACAGUAUCACAGUUGGAAGAAAAGAUACAUUCGAAAAUACAGGAAGAUCUCCGUGAACAGGUGAACUUCGAGAGCUUACGCGAAGCCUUUAUUGGGAUUAUCGGUACAGCCAUUCGAGUUCUGGUGAAGAAGGUUGAGGCUGAGUGCGACAUGGCUUUGAAAGAGAUGCAUCGAACGGACUGGGACUCCUUAGCGUCAGUGGGUGAUCAGAGCAGCUAUGUUCAUCCGCUGUCGGAGGUGCUUAAGUCAUGCACCAAGAAAGUGUUCGCAAAGGUCAUAAAGGAGCGAUAUGCUCGCACGUAUUGUGAUAAUCUUGUACACUCCUUUGCCCAGAAGUUUAUCGACGAUAUUGUCAGAUGUCGUCCUAUCUCUGAGAUUGGCGCUGAGCAGCUGCUCCUGGACACCUACGCGAUCAAGAAUUGUCUUCUAGAGCUUCCAACGCUUCUGUCUGAGGAAGGCACACAGACGCCUGCGAAUUACGUCAAAUUUGUGAACAAGGGUAUCGCCAAGAUCGAGACAAUCCUUAAAGUGAUUCUUACCUCGGCAAGCACUCCGGAUGCUCUUGCCCAAAACUAUUUCUUCCUCAUCGGGGACAAGAGUAUUGGGAAUUUCGCAAAGAUCCUCGAUUUGAAGGGUGUUCGCAAAGCUGACCAGGGCCCAUUAUUGGAGUCCAAGCUCAACAAAAUUGAACGAAAAUCUGCGCAACCUUGGCAACAUCGGCCGCUUAUUCAAAAGAGAGGGCUUAUCAAGGAGCUCUACAGACUUACCAAGACGUUGACGAAAGGCGAUGUUACUUGCUCCGCAUUCUCUGCCGAACAAUAA